AUAACAAUAUGGAUGCGCAGAGAGAGUGAGGAAAAACCCUCCAAAAUCUCUCUCAGCGGCGCGUGUUGUGACACAAUAUUCACGCUCUUCUUGCAUACUCAGACUACGCAGACUCUCCCUCAACCCUCUGCGUUACUUACUCUGAAAACUUUCUCUCUCGUCCGUAUUGUCCUAGAAGACACAUUCUUAGUCUCCCUUCUCUUUGCCGUCUUGCUUACUUCCAAUCCGCAACGACGUCGUUUGCUCUGCUCCGCUCAACUUCAGUUGGAUUUUUGGGGAUUUCCAUGUCUUUAUAGCAAUGGUUAAUGAUUUUGAGUGUGUUUGGGAUCGUAAAUGCUAUUAGCCAAUGAGCUCUUUCAUUUAUAUCAUGCAUAACCCCACAAAUUCUGGAAAUUGCUGAGAAUAUAAUAGUGGGUAUACCACAAUUACAGUGAAGGUGAUGCUAAGGAUCCUAUGUUUGCUACAUUUAUGCAUAGCAAUAUGCUUAGUGGAUCAAGUGCCAAGGUUGGUUUUGUGAUGGAUAACUCUGACGAUGAGAAGGAUGGAGUUUAUGGGAAUUAUAUACCAAAAGAACUGGGUCGUGGUUCAGCAUCUACUGGUGCAAAAUUUGUAGAUGAAGUACUUAAUGGUCAGAAUAAACAUUGUCUUGAAAACUUUCGAAUGGAUAAGCAUGUGUUUUACAAGUUGUGUGAUAUUUUGCAAGCCAAAGGCUUACUACGCCACACAAAUCGUAUAAAGAUUGAAGAGCAACUAGCCAUAUUCAUGUUUAUAAUUGGCCAUAAUUUACGAACUCGAGCUGUUCAAGAGUUAUUCCGUUAUUCAGGAGAAACAAUCAGUCGCCAUUUCAACAAUGUUCUGAAUGCAAUAAUGGCAAUUUCAUUAGAUUUUUUUCAGCCUCCUGGAUCUGAGAUACCGCCAGAAAUUCUUGAAGAUCCCAGAUUCUAUCCAUAUUUUAAGGAUUGUGUGGGAGCGGUUGAUGGCAUACACAUUCCGGUGAUGGUGGGUGUAGAUGAGCAAGGACCUUUCCGCAACAAGAAUGGCUUACUUUCGCAGAGUGUUCUGGCUGCAUGCUCAUUUGAUCUCAGGUUCCAUUAUGUUCUGGCCGGUUGGGAAGGUUCUGCAUCAGAUUUGCAAGUUCUAAAUUCAGCAAUCACAAGGCGAAAUAAACUGCAAGUCCCUGAAGGUAAAUACUACCUUCUGGACAGCAAGUACGCAAAUAUGCCAGGUUUCAUUGCUCCAUAUCCUGGUGUUCCUUAUCACUUAAAGGACUUUCCUAGUGGUUGUCAUCCUCAAGAUGCCAAAGAGCUUUUUAAUCAACGGCACUCAUUGUUAAGAAAUGCCACUGAUCGUAUUUUUGGGGCCCUAAAGGCUCGCUUUCCUAUUUUGAUGUCAGCUCCUCCGUAUCCAUUGCAAACACAGGUUAAGUUGGUUGUGGCGGCAUGUGCCUUACACAAUUAUAUCCGUCAAGAGAAACCAGAUGACUGGCUUUUUAAAAUGUUUGAACAGGAUACCGUACCACAAAUGGAAGAGCCAUUGCCUCCAUUAGAAGUGGAGCAACCAAUUCUGCUUAUUGAGAACUCAGCUUUAGACUUUGCUUUCGAGACAGAAGAGCUAGAAUUUACUUCACAAUUGCGAGAUUCUAUUGCAACUGAUAUGUGGAAUGACUAUAUUCAAGAUUUUUCAUCUUUAUAGAUCAAUUUGAUUGUGGAUAUAGAUCAAUUUCAGGCUAGGUUGGAAUUCUUUUGUUGAUGUACAUUAAACCCUUUGAUUACAGAGAGGAAAUAUAUUGGUAGACUACACUCACAACGACUAUUUGCAGUACUACCAUGGAGAAUUAAUAGAGAUUGCUCAAAAACAAGUUAAUAGUUCUGAUUAAAUCCGAUCAAUGAUGGAUAGGUCAUUACACCCUUCGAUUUAUAGAGAAGAUAUAUGUUUGUAGACUA